AUGAGCGGACCCGGAGUUGGGCAUCAGUUCCCAAGCCAGGAUGUGAGCUGGACCAAAAGAGACGCACUUCUCUUCGCAAAUAGUAUUGGGGCAAAGGCAGAUGAACUUCAUUUUCUCUAUGAACUACAUCCAAACUUCACCCUAUUCCCAACAUAUCCUAUCAUCCUCCCUUUCAAGCUCACAAACCAAGAAGUAACCGACUUCUACGCGCAAAAGACUGGAAAUGCCAUCCCUGGUGUUCCCAACUUCGACUCCCGCCGCGUUGUUGACGGACAGCGCAAAAUGACCUUUCUCAAGCCCCUACCUGUCUCUAGUGCGGGUCGCCAGUUCGAACUGCGGAGCUCAGUUAUUGGCGUCUAUGAUAAAGGAAAGGUGGGAUCUAUCGUUGAGACGGAGCAGCAGAUUGUCGAUAAAGAAACCGGGGAAAUCUAUACCAAGGCUGUUGGGAGUGGGUUCUUUGUUGGGCAGGGAAAUUGGGGUGGCCCGAAAGGUCCGGCUACGGUGAAUUAUCCUCCUCCUAAGGGGAAGGAGCCGGAUGUUGUCUACAAGCACCAGACAGAUGCGAAUACACCGUUGCUCUACCGUUUGAACGGUGACUAUAACCCUCUCCACGCCACGCCGGAGCCAGGACAGAAAAUGGGUUUUGGCGGUGUCAUUAUCCACGGCCUGUUCAGCUGGAACAUGGCAGCCCACGCAAUCCUGAAGACAUUGGGUGGUAGUGACCCGAAGAAUCUCAAAGAGUUCCAGGCACGAUUUGCGUCCCCGGUGAUCCCCGGGGUAAAGCUGAUCACUGAGAUUUGGAGGACGGGGAAGCCCGAAGGUGGAUUUGAAGAAGUUGUGUUUGUAGUUAAGAAUGGCGAGGGAAAAGUUGUGUUGAGCAAUGGUCGGGCAUUGGUCAAUGUUGUUGGUGGGAAUAGUAAGCUGUAA